CAACACACAAAUGUCUAUGAGUUUGACCCCGAAGCUCGUGUUCCGAGCAGAAGGAGAGUGCGGUGUAGGGCUAGGCCCUUAGUUUUCGGUCUUCAUCCCGUUUAUACUGUGUAAAAUGGGAACAUAAUAGUUCUGAAGCAGAAUAGAAGAUUAACGUGUUCUUCAAAUUUGAAGACAGUGUUGACCACUCGAGAAAGGUAAAUUUAGCUUAUUGAAUUAAACAUGGCCAAUCCAAAUCGUGAAAGUGUUAGUACACGAUUUUCGGACAAUUACGACCUUAAGGAAGAAUUAGGAAAGGGAGCAUUUUCUAUUGUGAGACGCGCUGUCCAAAAAUCAACUGGAUAUGAAUUUGCUGCCAAAAUAAUUAAUACCAAGAAGCUUUCAGCCAGAGAUUUCCAAAAAUUGGAAAGAGAAGCUCGAAUUUGCCGAAAACUACAACAUCCCAAUAUUGUUAGAUUACAUGAUUCAAUUCAGGAAGAACACUUCCACUAUCUCGUAUUUGACUUAGUUACGGGCGGUGAAUUAUUUGAGGACAUUGUUGCGAGAGAAUUUUAUUCGGAAGCCGACGCAUCCCACUGCAUCCAACAAAUAUUGGAAUCUGUUCAUCAUUGCCAUCAUAAUGGUGUUGUUCAUAGAGAUUUAAAACCCGAAAAUUUAUUACUUGCAAGCAAGGCUAAAGGCGCUGCAGUCAAGUUAGCAGAUUUUGGAUUAGCAAUUGAAGUCCAAGGUGAACAACAAGCGUGGUUUGGCUUUGCUGGUACUCCAGGAUACUUAUCACCGGAAGUUUUAAAGAAAGAGCCUUAUGGAAAGCCCGUAGAUAUUUGGGCUUGUGGUGUAAUUUUAUACAUCCUGCUGGUUGGAUACCCCCCAUUUUGGGAUGAAGAUCAACAUCGUUUAUACGGCCAAAUUAAGGCUGGCGCUUAUGAUUACCCAUCACCUGAAUGGGAUACAGUAACACCAGAAGCCAAAAGUCUCAUCAAUCAGAUGCUGACUGUUAAUCCCAGCAAAAGAAUUACGGCUUCCGAAGCCCUGAAGCACCCAUGGAUUUGCCACCGCGAGCGUGUUGCAUCUGUUAUGCACAGACAGGAGACUGUGGAUUGCUUGAAGAAGUUCAAUGCACGUCGCAAACUAAAAGGUGCGAUCUUAACAACCAUGCUAGCUACGCGAAAUUUUUCAGGGAAGUCCAUGGUUAACAAGAAAAGUGAAGGAUCACAAGUAAAGGAAUCCACAGACAGCAGCACUACUUUGGAAGACGAUGAUCUGGAUAAGGACAAAAAGGGCGUAGAUAGAGCGUGUACAGUUAUAUCUAAAGAACACGAUGAAGACGGUCUUACUAAAGCUGAUUCUUUUGGAAAAGCUCGAGGCGACAGUAACGCCUCCCUUCGCCGAGCCGAAGUUAUCAAAGUUACUGAAAUUCUAAUAGACGCUAUUAACAAUGGCGACUAUGAGACCUAUUCCAAACUCUGUGAUCCGAAUGUGACAUCCUUCGACCCUGAUGCUCUAGGUAACUUGAUAGAGGGCGUGGAAUUUCACAAGUUUUUCAUCGAUAAUACACCAACGCAUGUGAAAACCAAUACUACUAUUCUCAACCCCAGAGUGCACUUACUUGGUGAUGACGUAGCUAUAAUUGCAUAUGUGUGUGUUACACAAAGUGUAGAUGCAGAGGGUCGUCGUUCCACCAGCCAGACACAAGAGACCCGUAUUUGGCACAAACGCUACAACAAAUGGACUGCUGUUCAUUUUCAUCGCUCCUAACUAGACCCUACUUACAGCGGCCUUCCACAGCCAAAUGAGUUUGGUCUCAAAACUCAAAAUAUAUGUAAUGGUGAUGUUAUUAAAACCAUAAUAACAUUUCAUGAAUAAUUUGAGACCUCAAUGUUAAAAUUCCUUGGCUAUCAAAUGUAUUAAGAAUCUAUUAUUCUAAUUCUGCUAUAAAAUUACACGAAUUUUACUAGUAAUUCUUUGUAAUCUCAAAGAAUUAUGAUAUAUUUAAUAUAGGUUAUAAUCAAUCAGUAUGUAAGCAAUUUAAAAGCUAUUUCUUAUUCUGUAAUAGUCAAAGGUCCCAUAUUUAUGUUUUGGCUAAAUGUGAUACCUGUGAAAUAUCAAACCAUGCUUAUUGCUAUAUUACUAUAUAUUACAGUCGAUUGAUCUCUGCCAUGAUUGAAUAGGCAACAAAAUUAAAACAAAUUGUUUAUAAACAAGUCCAAAGUACUAGCAGAUCUGAUAGUUAUAAAUCUGAAACAUAAGUACCUUAAUGAUCUACAGAUUUUUUCAAAAUAUAUAGAGUUAUUAGCACAUUUCUAAAAGUCUCUCUAAAUUUUUAACUAUAAAUGUUUUGUCGUGCUUAAUAAUGGUGUUCAAUUUUGUUUUUGAAUGCCUAGCUAGUAAGUUGUAAGGUAAAUAAUAAUGCAGUUAUUGGCACUACACAUCCAACUUUAAAGAGAGUAUGGUAUUUAAAAAAAAUCUUAUUAUUAUUAAAAUAUACUACUUUAACACUUUUUUCCAGUACUAAUUAAGUAUUAAAUUUGUUUAUGAGGUAAUAAUGUUUUAAGUAAAUUAUAUCAAUUUGGUCAAUUUUAGAUUUAAAAAAUUAUUGUGCUUUGCUUUUAAAAUUAAAUGAUAUUCAGUACUUUUUUACUUAUUCAAAUGUCCUUUUUUUUGUACAAUAUGUUGCAUAUAUUAAUUUUUGUUGACCUUGCUAUUUGAUGGCUUUAUUUAUCAUAUCAUACUGAUAAAAAUGUUGGAGUUUACAAUUCUAAAGUGAUGACUGUGCAAGAUAUAGGACUGAAAAGAUCUUGGUAAAAAUAAUAGCACAUAAUGAGAGAUGUUUAAAGUAUGACAGAUAUUCUGCACAGUCCCGCUUAUGAAGUGUGCUUAUGUGAGCCUGUGAACACUCAGUAUUUUCUAGUAAUAAAUUAGAUAUAAAAGACAUUUAUCAAUGUUUUUACGAUUUCGUAAAUGAACCUAAUUAAUAUAUUUGUAUGUGCUAACUUCAAAAUUGGAAUUGUUACAUUAUAAUAUACGUAUUUACACCAUAGAUCAUGAUUUUAGUGAUCUUUUAAUUGAAUGCAGAGUACAUAGUUGUGCCAUUAUCAUUAAAUUUAGUGCCAAUAACUGUGAAAAAAUGAAAAUGUAUUCUAGUCUUUAUUGUUACGCAUAUUUAGUAUUUAAUCAAUGUUGUGAGUUAAUUUGGAAACUUAUACAAUACUUAAAUGGAACCUAUGUGUAAAUACCUACCUAAAUGUUAUCAUAUGGUUUUUCACAUUGAAUGUUCCAAAUCAUCAACAAAAAAUAUAUUAUUAUAUACUAAUUUAGUUUACAUUGUAUAUUUUAUUAAUAGUUAUUUGCUCUCCUUUAUGUUAAAUGUUAAAUUUGUUCUGUUUAUAUAUAUUUUAUUCAAGUGCUAAUAUUAUUUAAUGCUGUUACUGCUAUUACGUGUCAUCACAAGGUAAAUUUUAUUAGGACCUUAUAUUUUAUUUUCUAUUGUUCCUCGUAAAUGAAAAUUAGUUUAAUUUAUGAAAUUAUUCUUAGGAAUAAUAGUGUUCAGGCCAAAUUAUCCUGCUACUUCACAGGGCUAUCUCACUAAUAAAUGAUUUGUAACUGUAUUUAAUGUGUAAUUGCACUAAUGAAAAAUUUAUUACUUAUAUUAAAAUAAAUAUUUCAAAAGUCAUAUACUUGUUAAGUUUUGUUUGUUACUAACAUAAAUAAAAUCUUUAUAAUGAGUACCUAUAGUAAUAUUGAAUACUUUGAAUAAGCUUAUCCUAACCAUUAAGAAACAAUGAUUUAGUGUGUAUUGAAAUGGCUAUUGGUUGAAAAAGACUUCAAUAUGGAAAUUGUCCCACAUAAUGCACAAAUAUGAUUAAAAACUCAGUAUUCUGAACAUACUAAAUGUACAAAACUCUUAAGUAUCAAUAAUUAAAUAUAUAUGUUUGUCUUCCCUCAGUGUUCCAUGAAAUAUCAAUAACUGCAAACUUUUUUUUCAAAAAUAUAACAAAUUAAAAGACAGCUCUCCAUUUCUUGUAUUAGCACUUUUUCCUGAUUGCAUGCACUAACCUAAUGGCUUUAAUGUUUAGGGGGGCUUUUUCGAAUAUUUAAUAAAUAAAUGUUUGUCUAUUGGCUGAAUUAUUGUAACAAAAUACUAGUGUAUUAGGUUUUUGAUGAGGAAUAUGUACUUACAGUUCAUUACUACAAGUUAUGAUGUAAUGCACAUUUAAUUAUUAUUAAUACUAUUGUAUUAUUAUAAAAGAAUCACUCAUUAACUUGGUGUGCUUUGUGAUUCUGGUUUAGACAUGUAAGUAUUGAGGGUGCAGUGCAAUAUGCCAUUUCAUUUUAUUGAAAAAAAAAAAUAGUUUCUCAAUUUCUUUAGAUUAAAAAAUCAGCUAACUUGUGUGCAGUGUACUUAAUUGAGUGCUAUGAUCAAGUAUGAUUUAACAAAAUUAUUAUUAGUGACACUGUACUUAAAACGAGUGAAUAGGGAUAUUUAGUUUGAAUUAAUAUUGCACCCCUGCCUACUUAUGCUGAAAUUGUUUUGUGUCAUAUUUAGGAUUUAAAAAAAAGUAUUUCCUACUUUGAUGCACCACUACACUCAUAACAUUACAAUUUGCUAUUUAUUACGAUGGUGAAGUUUGUUGUAGCAUAAAUUUGAAAUGUAAAAUUGUAGGAGUAUUCAACAUUUGUCAGUAUAUUUCUAUUUGACAUAAUUUCUUAAACCUCUGCAUUGCCGAUUAUCAUGUAACAUUCUCUAAAAUAAAGUUUUUUUGAUCUACACAUAA